CGUCCCCCCCCCGUGAUGUCACUUCCUGCCCCCCCCCUUCGCCCGGCACUUCCUGCCGCUGCCCCACGGCCCCGCUCGGCUCCCGCCCCACGGCGCCUCCCGGCCCCACGGCGGCCCCCCCCCCCGGCCCCAUGGCGGCCCCGGCCCCAUAGCGGCCCCCCAGCGCCCCCCGGCCCCCCCAGCGGCCGCCGCCGCCGCCCCCCCGCCGUGGGGCGCGGGGGGCAGGGGGCCGAUGUCGCGCGGGGCGGCCGAGGGGGCCCCGGCGGCGCCCCCCGGCCCCCCCCGCCGCCGCCCCCCGCCCGCCCCACGGUCUACGUGCUGCUCGAGGAGCCCGGAGCCCCCGACGGCCUCCGCCUGCUCAGCGUGAGCUCGCCGCUGCCCGAGUCCGGGAUCGUGGCCGACAUCGAGUGGGAGCGCGGCCCCCCCGGCCCCCCCGGCUCCCCCCCGGCCCCGCCCGCCCCCGGCCCCGCCCCCGGCCCCGCCCCCGCCGCCUGCUACUGCCUCAAGAGCCAGCCCCUCCCCCACAGCCCCGGGCCGCCGGGGCCCCCCAGCGAGGCGCCGGGGCCGGGCCCGGAGGCGGCCAUGUCGUCGCGGGUGCUGCUGCGGCAGCAGCUGAUGCGGGCGCAGGCGGAGGAGCAGGAGCGGCGGGAGCGCCAGCCGCCCCGGCCCCCCGGGGCCCCCCGCGCCCCCCGCCCCUCGCCCGCCAUCGCCGUCGGCGCCCCCCUGCCCCGGCCCGCCCCCCACGUGCCCCCCGAGGUCCUCAAGGUGCAGACCCACCUGGAGAACCCGACGCGCUACCACCUGCGAGCGGCCCAGCGGCAGCAAGUGCGGCAGUACCUGAGCGCGGCCCUGGGGCGGGCGGCCGGCGGCCCCCCCAGCCCGCCCGGCCCCCCCGCCGCCCCCGCCGCCCCCCACAGCCCCCUCGCCCUGCUCCACAUCGGCUCCGGCUCCGAGAAGGAGAUCGAUGACGUCAUCGAUGAGAUCAUCAGCCUGGAGUCGAGCUACAACGACGAGCUGCUGAGCUACGGCCCCUCCGAGGGCGGCCUGCAGCUGCCCAGCACGCUGCCCGCCCCCGGGCCCCUGCUGGAGGUGUUCAGCCCCCCCGCGGGGGGCAGCAGCUCCUGCCCCGCCGAGCUGCCCCGCGUCAAGGCCGAGCUCUCGGAGACGGAGGCGAAGGCGCUGCUGAAGGAGCGGCAGAAGAAGGACAACCACAACCUGAUCGAGCGGCGCCGGCGCUUCAACAUCAACGACCGGAUCAAGGAGCUGGGGACCCUCAUCCCCAAGUCCAACGACCCGGAGAUGCGCUGGAACAAGGGCACCAUCCUCAAGGCCUCGGUCGACUACAUCCGCAAGCUGCAGAAGGAGACGCAGCGCUCGCGCGAGCUCGAGCUGCACCAGCAGCGCCUCGAGCAGGCCAACCGCAGCCUCCAGCUCCGCGUCCAGGAGCUGGAGCUGCAGGCGCAGCUGCACGGGCUCCCCCUGAGCCCCCCGGCGCCGGCGGGCGAGGGGGGCCGCGAGGAGGCGCCCGGCGGCCCCCCCUUUGCCCCGGCCCCCCCCCAGUGCCUGCUGGACCUGGCCCUGGCCGAGGAGCUGCCGCCGGGGCUGGGGCUGCCCCUGGGCCUGGGGGGGGCCGGGGGGGGCCUCGACGACAUCCUCAUGGACGACCCCGGCGGGCUCUCGCCCCUCGGCCCCCCCGGCGCCCUCCUGGCCUCCCCCGGGCCCUCCCGCGCCUCCAGCCCCCGCAGCAGCCUCAGCAUGGAGGACGAGGCCUGAGCCGGCCCCCCCCCGCCGUGGCCCUUUUAAGGACCCCCCCGUUGGCGUGGCCCUUUUAAGGACCCCCCUCGGCGUGGCCCUGUUAGGGAUCCUCCUUGGCAUGGCCCUUUUAAGGACCCCACCAGGGCGUGGCCCUUCUAAGGUGUCCCCACAUGGCAUUGCCCUUUUAAGAACUCCCUGGGUGUGGCCCUUCUAAGGUGUCCCCACAUGGCAUUGCCCUUUUAAGAACUCCCUGGGUGUGGCCCUUCUAAGGUGAACCCACAUGCCAUUGCCCUUUUAAGGCACCGACAACAUGGCCUUUUUAAGGGUGCCCCCACAAUUCGGUAUUGCCCUUUUAAGGUGGCCCCACCAGGGCAUGGCCCUUUUAAGGUGCCCCCUCGGCCCCUUUAAGAGCCAGCCCCGCCCCUGGGGGAAGCCCCGCCCACUCCUUCCAGGCGCACUCUGCCCCGCCCCUCAGGGAAUUCCUGGCUUCGCCUCCUCCAGGGAGGCCACGCCCCGGAGAGCCCCCCUCCCAUGAAGCUCCGCCCACAGAGAGAAGCCCCGCCCACGAGGAGGCCCCGCCCCGGCUGGCCCCGCCCCCGCGCCAGCCCCCUCCAAUGAGUGGGAUCCUGGGGGCUGGGCCCUCAGGCAUGACGCCCCGCCCCUUCUGCUGUCAAUCACCCGGCAAAGCCCCGCCCCCUCCCCUUGGGCCAGCCCCAUGCACAUAGCCCCGCCCCCGUGUAGCCACACCCCCAGCACUCGGCCCCGCCCCCUCCCCCAGGCCCCGCCCGCAGUUAAAGGGGCCGCGCCGCCCCCGCGGGGGGGGUGGGACUGGCUCCGGCCCCCCCCGGCCCCCAUUUUGUAUGAGACGCGGAGGAAGCGGCCGCCCGGGGGCGGCGCCGCAUUAAACGUUUGGUAACGAG